AGAGGCUGGGGUUGCUCGGCUGGAGAAGAGACAUUUGGGGCGGAGGAGGAAAAUUCCGCUCUAUAUACUAAGAAACAUAUAUUCAGUUUUGCUUCUCCAGUAGUGGCCAUCUCUCCGUCCACCUCCUCUUCAGCUGGUCUCGGUCCUGGUGUCCUUCACUCGAUUCCUCAUCCUCUUUCCUUGCUGAGCCCCUGAGUUCUUGGUCCCGGGUUUAGCUCAGCCUGCCCUCUCCUCUUGUGUAGGCAUGGCAGGGCGAGGACCGGCGCGGACCAACGGCACUGCCGCCGCCGCCACCACCAAUAAAAUCUGCCAGUUUAAGCUGGUUUUGUUAGGAGAGUCCGCUGUGGGCAAGUCCAGCCUGGUGCUGCGCUUUGUCAAGGGCCAGUUCCAUGAGUACCAGGAGAGCACCAUCGGAGCUGCAUUCCUCACACAGACAGUCUGUUUGGAUGAUACAACAGUAAAGUUUGAGAUUUGGGAUACAGCCGGUCAAGAGAGAUACCACAGCUUGGCCCCGAUGUAUUACAGAGGAGCGCAGGCUGCCAUCGUUGUCUAUGACAUUACUAACACAGACACUUUUACCCGAGCAAAGAAUUGGGUAAAGGAGCUCCAGAGACAGGCCAGCCCCAACAUCGUCAUUGCCCUGUCUGGAAACAAGGCCGACCUUGCCAACAAGAGAGCUGUUGAUUUUCAGGAAGCACAGGCUUAUGCUGAUGACAACAGUCUACUGUUCAUGGAGACAUCCGCCAAGACUGCCAUGAAUGUCAACGAGAUCUUCAUGGCUAUCGCUAAGAAGCUCCCGAAGAACGAGCCACAGGGUGGGGCAGGGCCCGGCGGUCGUGCCCGGGGUGGGGUCGACCUGCAGGAGGCAGCACCUCAGGGCAGAUCUGAUCCGUGCUGCAUUGGUGGGAAACAGACACCUUAUCAAACCAACUAACAGUCUGACAAUUAUGUCUAUUCACAGCCCAACCGGGAAAUCUAAUCAGUUAGACUGUGAUAUCCAUCAGCAGCUCAACAGAUUCUACUUUUGAGCUGACCAAAGGGGCCAUUCUCAGCCACGUGUAAAUAUUAUGACCAAUUUAUCUCUCCAACUAAUAGGCAGACCCACAAACUCCUCUGUAACAGCUGCGUUUUAAAAACUUUCCACUGGCUUCUGUGUACAAGCUAAAGUCGAUUCCACCCAAUGAAAGCAAACAGACAUGGAUUUAGGGAACAGGGAAGACGAUGAUCAAUUCUGUUGCACUUAUUGGAGCUGUGAGGAUCUGUUCUUAUCUGUAUUCACAAAAUAAAUCAAAAGUGGUGCUGUAAGGGAAAACAGGCGACCUUUUACAUGAUCAUAUUAUUUUCUCCACUGCGAUCAGCUCUGAUCUUUAAACAUACAUUGUCUUUUUGUCUUUGGAUGCAGCACCUAACUAGUAUUGAUUCUUAAUCUUCUGCUCUUCUGAUUUACUUUUUGAAAAUGUUUUUGCUCUGUUUUCCCUUCAUGCACAGCAAUUCUGUAGAUUCUGUAUUAUUCUUGGUUGUAACUAUAGAUAUUAUUGUAAUUAAUUAUGAUUACCACUACUCAAGAACUAUUGUAUGACUAUGUUAAUAGAUUAGCCCCCCAACAUUUACAUGUAUAAUAUCAUAUUGUAAAUGAUAAUGCAUAACCGGACUGAGUAACAACAGUGUCUUUUAGCAUUAAUGAAAUUUAUGGAAUCAUUUAGUCCGAGUGUUAAAACAUGAGUAACGCAAAACAAGUUUUGCUUCUUCUGACCAAAAUCAUCUUGUGUAUUAAAAAAAAUAACUGUUUCUGUAUUUGUACUUUGUAUUUUCUUCCAUUUUUCUGCAAAAGUAUAUUCAAUAUCAAUCAUUAGCCAUUAUUAAUACAAUACCUUCCCAAAACCAAUCAUCUAUUCUUCUUCAUUUUUUGUUUCUCUGAGUGCACUGACUGUCUCUGAUGUAUUUUUCAUUCUUUCCGUCUCCCCUUCCACCCCUCCAACAACUAGUGGUUAUUUUACCUUAUUUUUCUUAAUUAUCUCUCUUCGACAAACAAUGUGAAUUAGCACAACAGAUCAAAACAGCUGCCCAGACCCGGUUUGGAAGGGUUGGGCAAAUGUUUUGUGGUCUUCCAUCUAUGGGAGACACAAAAAACUGCAAAAAGAAAUCUUGUACUUGUAAUUUUAAAAAUAAACAAAGGGGAAGGUA